CCAAGUGGACAGAAAAAACUCGGAAAAAACCCACCUCCCCCUCUUGCAAUUGAGACUCAAAAUCUAGUCACGAAGACUCAACUGGUUCUUAUUUGUUUCUCGCCGCCGCAUCUUUUCCGUCAAUUAACGCACACAGAGCAGAGAUGGGGAUGAAGGCGAAAAAGUCAAUGAUGAAGAGAGUCAACAAGGGUUCUACCCAACUGACGACGGCUGCUCCUAAAGACUACGAAGCUGCUGCUGAUUUUCUGCCAUUAGAGGGAGGUCCAGCUAGAAAAUUGCCAAUCACAGAAAAUUCAGAAAAUAAAUCCACUGUGUUGUAUAUCGGAAGAAUCCCUCAUGGAUUUUAUGAGAAUGAAAUGGAAGCUUUCUUCAAGCAGUUUGGAGAAAUCAAGAGGAUCAGGAUUGCAAGGAAUAGGAAGACAGGAAAAUCAAAGCAUUUUGGGUUCAUUCAGUUUGCGUCUCCAGAGGUGGCAAAGAUUGUUGCGGAAACCAUGCAUAACUAUCUUCUAUUUGAGCAUUUGUUGCAAGUACAGAUCAUCCCUCCUGAGCGUGUUCAUCCCAAACUGUGGAAAGGUGUUAACCGUUUUUAUAAACCCUUGGACUGGGUUCGUAUCGAACGUAAACGUCAUAACAAGGAAAGAACAUUUGAAGAGCACAAGAAGUUGGUAGAUGGAAUCUUGAAAAGAGACCAGAAAAGGCGAAGAAAGAUCGAGGCUGCUGGUAUCGAGUAUGAGUGCCCAGAAAUUGUGGGGAGUGAUGUGCCUGCACCGAAGAAGAUCAAGUUUGAAGACUAAGGUUACCUGGGAACUCUAAAUCUUUAUAUAUUUUCGGAUGUAGCAUGUAGUAACUAGUGACAAGUGACGAACGAAAUUUUGGUAUUUGUUUUUGGUUGUAAAAUCUGAUGUUACUCUAGUUAUAAUUUCCAGUUAAAAACCCUCUCAUUUCGCA